AUGUCGACCCCCUCCUCCCUUCCACCAUUCAACUCCCCGGCUAUUCAUCUUGGAAUGUUUGAACUUUCGAAUAUACUAAGUGCUCCUAAAUGGCUGGAAUUCUAUAUAAGACUUAUACCAUCAGAGACGAGGUUGGGUCGAUCUUGGCGAUGUCUGGCAACUAGUUGGGGAGCGGUUGUUGGAAGCGCAAAGGGAGGAAUUGUUGCGCAAUAUCACUGGGGACAGUACAAGGUCCCAACCGCCAUCUCUGUCUCAGCAACCCGGAGAUGUGUUGUUGCACGUCCUAUGGCCUAUUCAGCAGCUGCACAACAGAAAUGCGAAAGUUGGUUAAGGAGACAAAACACCAACUUCACGUCACCCAAUGAACUUUUUUCAAUCGCAAGUGACCCACCUUCAAACGCUUCAGCUGUCGAUCAGCUUGCCCAUUCCCCGGAACAACAAACAUCAGUCAUCUGCAACCCAUCAUUCCACCUGUGCAGCACAUGGGUUACCCUUUGUGUCCAAGAGGCCUUCAAUGAGGCACGCAAAGUGGAACUCGUCGCUCAGGCUGGAUUGAUGACAACAUAUCUCGAUAUUGAACAUUACCAUUCUCACCAUCGUGAUGCACACUCAGAGCUGCUUUACUUACGUGCAAAGAUGCUUCGUGCCAAAGCUGAGGUAGAAGUCUUUGAACUAGCAAUCGAAAAUACGAUUCUAUCAGAGCAAGUGCAUACUUGCAAGGAACGCAUUCCUACUGGAUCAAUCAACGAUCACACUGAUUCAACUUAUGUAUCAUCUGCUUCACUUACGUCUGCCGCCGUUCAGAUUGCACCAUAUAUUUGCGAGAUUCCUGGAUCCGCACCUGUCCAUGAUGAUCAAAAAUGUUCACACAAUCAACAAUUGAUUGUCAUUGUUUGCAAGUUGGAAUACAUGGCAACUCAACACUCGCAACAGUACUUGGUGGAGCUACUGGACUGCAGUUUUGGAAUCUGGCCGACGCAACUGCCAUGGUACGCUGAGCCGGUGAUGCUUACGAAUGGACGUGAAGAUCACUUGGUCCCUAUGAAACCCGAAUUGUAUGGGAGUGAUUGGGAGGAGUUGGUCCACCCCUUAGGGGGAACUUAUUAUUAUCACAACAAACAGAAUACGUAUACAUCGAUAAAUAUACGGCAUAUGGAUCGACGAAGGCUCGAAGAUUUUAUCAAUGUAUCAAGAGCCACAGCGAAAGAGGAUGAGUGGACACUGGUUGUUCACCAAGUAAGCCUUAUUUCACUGCAACAACAACCAGAAUCACCUGAACACACAACAGAAGCGACAACCUUGAACCAGUCCACUGCAGCUACAAUUUUUUGGACUCUAGACCAAAUGAGACAGGUCGACACACAACUUGCCAGUGUCAAAGCCCUCGCAGAAAACAGAACCAUCGAGGAUACUGGUGUCGUGCACUGUUGUUACCCCUUCAUGAAUCGGAUGUUACUGAGUCAACACACAAUAGGCCAUUACCAGUAUUUGAACCGCCACAACCAACCCGAGGCUCGCCUUAUUCGAGGUCACGCAGUGAUAGAGAAACCUAGGACAUGUAAGGCUCUCUAUUUCAUGGGCAAUACUGCAGCCACGAUACUGUGUAUGCCGAUCACAAUCGACUGCAUCAAGAAUACUUCCGUCGAUGGUAUUGUAAAUGGGGUGGACGUCAGGACCUUUAUCGAUGAUUUCACCAGUCAAGCUAAGAGUCAGAUCACCCUGGCAGGUGUUUCCGUGGCCAUGGACGUCGCCAUCCUUGCCAUUCUGGGUCUAGGUAUAUUACCUACAAAAAAAGACGAUGAUGCUGAUCGUCAUUACAAGUAUACCGACUUGCUUUUGCAUACUGAGUGUGCUAAGUUCUAUUCUUGGAUCUCUCACAGGUUCCUUACUUAUAUUGGUGAUUGCAAGUUAUGGUCUGGGCUUGUCCAGGACACGGCCCCAGUGACUAAUGAUAUAUUUUGGAGGGUGUUCUAUGUAUCACAGUAUCAUUACUAA